UUGAUCUUGUCUAGAUUUUUUGGCAUCAGCAUUAAAAAAUACCUCGAAGUAUUGUAUCAUAUGUGAAUAUAAUACCAUUGUCUAUUAUUGCUUAUUUUGAAAAUCUCCAUUUCGCUUUGAUAAUCGCGACUUGCGGCAUGAGAUUUUUCUAGACUUUUGAGGUAUGUUAUAGAAUGCCAAAACAAAUAUAUUGAGCAAAAAAAAUUUCUAUUAGAAUUCAUUCCGCGGUUUACUCCUUUUGAAAAACCGAACACCGUGAGAUACUGAGGUACAUAAACGAAUACAUACCAUCGCUUCCGCCACCAGAAGUCUACGGACUUCACAGUAACGCUGGCAUCACUCGUGAUCUUCAAAUGACCAAUACCCUAUUGGAUUCUAUGAUCCUCACUUUGGGUAGUUCGUCAGCUGAUGCAAGUGAUGAAAAUAGCGAAGCUAGUCUUUUGGCAACAAUUCAUCAAAUACAAUUAAAUAUGCCACCAGAAUUCAAUAUCGAAAAGGCUAAGGAAUAAUAUCCUGUUGAUUAUAAAGAAUCAAUGAAUACCGUUAUUGUGCAGGAAAUGGAACGUUUUGCAAAGCUACAAAAAGAAAUCAUUGGAACUUGUGUGGAAUUGCAGAAAGCAAUUAAAGGAAUUUCUGUUAUGACCCCGCAGUUGGAAUUGGUCAUACAAGCGAUUCAGUUUAAGAAAGUUCCCACCAAAUGGAUGUCAAAAUCGUAUCCUAGUUUGAAGCCAUUAAAUUCGUAUAUAGUCGACUUUUAUAAACGUUUAAAAUGGCUACAGGAUUGGUAUGAUCAUGGUAAACCAGCAACAUUCUGGAUUUCAGGAUUCUUUUUCACACAAGCUUUUCUAACCGGUGCCAUGCAAAAUUUUGCUAGAAAAUAUAAACGUUUUCACCUUAUUUGACUGUAUCAUGACAUUUUUUGGCUAUUUAGGAAAUUCAAAAAGUAGCCAUCUGUUUUUGUAAAUUGUAAAGAAACCGACUUAAAAUGAAAAGAUUCCGUCUUAAUUCUAUACAUACGUCUAAAUAUUAAAAUAUUUUCUUAAAAAGAUUAAAUCAUUUUAAAUUAAUGCGGAAAUUGGUAGUUGAAACAACUUAAACAAAUUUUAAGUUUCAGUUUAUCAUACCAAUUUUCAACUGUGAGAUAGCUUAGUUGUUUCUAUUAGCCAUGAAUAUGAGCUCUUUGAACCCCAAAUAUUGAAUUUGCUCAUGACUUGACAGCAGCGCCACGUACCAGGUCCAACUCUAAAACAAAGCCUGUCUCGAAUGAACCUUAUCAAACGCAAAAAAUUUCAUAAAAGUCUAUACAGCCGUUCGGACUCCAAAUAUGGAAUUUAGCUAUAACUUGACAACAGCGUCAAGUCUUUCGAACUCCAAAUAUGGAAUAUUUGCCUUUAAUUUGACAACAGUUCCACCUACCGCAUAGGCGUACAGUUAUAAUUUACAAAACAUGGAUGGGCCUUAUCACACAAACGAACUUUCACAAAAAUCUGUAGUCUUUCGGACUCCAAAUAUGAAAUUUGGUAAUGCUGAUCAAGAACAUCUUGGUCUGUUCAAUUUGGAACAACCAAUCCUAACUGUGCCAAUGCUUUACUUAU